AGGGCCUGGAACCUAAGGAAGUAAAUCGUCUUAGCCAUGGUCCUGUGACUGUGAAAAAAGUUACAGAAAUAACUUUUUAAACCACGGAGUCGGGAUCCGUGACAAAAUCGUCUCGUCAAAAAACGUCUCUUUAUUGUUGGCUAAUUACAUUACAAGUUAGCUGGCUGGCUAAAUUAAACGCCACUGUCAUAUUUAGGUUAGCUUGCUUGCUUGCUAGCUAGCUAAGUAGCAAUAGUAAUUUGCCUGCGAAGCACCUCUAAAUUUGAUCCUGGUGUCUAUUUCAAGAUGUCAAAUAGUGGUUUCAGCACUCAGAACGGAGCUGAUGGACUGACUUAUGCUAAUGGUCCUUCACCAAACCCUGCAAGUCUUCAGCCCCAGACUCCUCAAGGCUACAGCAUGGCAGCCCAACAUCCCUACUCCAACCCAAUGCAGGCCAAAGCCCCCCUACAGCCUGCACCAGUUCUCUACAACUCUGGGCACUACCAGCCUGCUCCUCCAGUCAGCUCAUACCAGAGUCCUGCUGGAGUGCCCAUGGCAGCCAGGCCCCUGCUGGCCCCGCAGCAGCCAAUCACGUCCCCCUCGCCCACAGGACUCAAUCACAGAAUGCCUCUGGCCCCUCCCUCUCAGAGCUCGCCCUCCCCUCCUGUGAUGGCCAACAGCCCGUACCACAGCUUUCCACAGCAGCAGCCUGGGCCCUCUGCAAGGCCUCCUCCCAUGGAGACCCCACCUCUGCAAGGAAACCACCUGUCCUCUGCUCCAUGCUCAGUGCCAAACCAACCCUCAGUGGGCUUCAGUGGUCCCCCUGCUGCUCCCCCUGUCUUCCACUGUGCCUCACACCCGCCAGGACCACCACUGACACCUGUGUCCCUCAGUAACUACAGCCAGCCAGCAGGCCCUCAUCCAGUGAACACUGUGCCCCCACCACCAAUCCAGCAGCCAGGCCGAGGACUGUAUGGACCUCCACCCAUGGCAGGGCCCCCUCCAGGCAUCAGACCCACCCCCCCUCCAGUAGUCCCGCCAGGCAUCAGACCCACCCCCCCUCCAGUGGUCCCGCCAGGCACCGCCACGCCACCUCCCCCCCUGGCCCCCCCAAAUGAAGGAGUUCAACAAACCACCACACCAGUUGAUGCUGCUCAGGUCCCUAACAGCUUUGAUAACCUGGAGAGUGCAAACCAACAAGCAGUCGGCCAUUAUCCUUCUCAUCCAGUCGGUACCUCCUACCCAUCCCUGCCGCCUGGAUACCAGAGCACGCCCUCAGCACCCAGGGCCCCGCCCAUGCCCGGACCUACGCAGCCUUACAGCUCAGCACCACAACAGUACCAGCAGCUGUCCUCAGGGCCGGCCCAGCUGAGUCCGUCUUUAGCGGCGUUAAGUCUGCAGUCUCAGACCCCCGAGGCAUUAAAGGUGGUUAAUCUCCUCCAGGAGCGUAAUCUCCUUCCCCCAGGGCCUGUUCCUGCCCCCACUCCCUGCCUGCCACAGGACCUGCAGAAAGUCAACUGCAGCCCUGAGGUCUUUCGCUGCACACUGACCAGCAUCCCACAGACGCAGUCGCUGCUGAACAAAGCCAAGCUUCCUCUCGGCUUGCUUCUGCAUCCCUUUAAAGAUCUCUCACAGCUGCCUGUGGUCACGUCUAGCACCAUAGUUCGGUGUCGGUCCUGUAGAACCUACAUCAACCCGUUUGUGUCCUUCCUGGACCAGAGAAGAUGGAAAUGCAACCUGUGUUACCGGGUCAAUGAUGUGCCGGAGGAGUUUAUGUAUAACCCUGUCAGCAGAUCAUAUGGAGAACCUCACAAAAGACCUGAGGUUCAGAACGCCACCAUUGAGUUCAUCGCACCAUCAGAAUACAUGCUCCGCCCACCCCAGCCUGCUGUUUACCUGUUUGUGCUUGACGUGUCUCACAACGCAGUGGAAACCGGAUACAUCGACGUGCUCUGUCAGUCGCUGCUUGAGAACCUCAACUCGCUUCCUGGUGAUGCGAGGACAAAGAUUGGCUUCAUCACGUUUGACAGCAAUAUUCACUUCUAUAACCUGCAGGAGGGGCUGUCUCAGCCACAAAUGCUCAUUGUCUCUGAUAUUGAAGAUGUCUUUUUACCAACACCAGACAGCCUUUUAGUAAAUCUCAACGAAUGCAAAGAGCUGGUGCAGGAUCUCCUGAAGAGUUUGCCCCAGAUGUUCAGUAAGACGAUGGAGACCCAGUCCGCCCUGGGACCCGCCCUGCAGGCAGCCUUUAAGCUCAUGUCGCCCACCGGUGGCCGAGUGUCAGUGUUUCAGAGCCAGCUGCCCACUGUGGGCAUGGGGGCGCUCAAACCCAGGGAAGAUCCCAAUCAGAGAGCAUCAGCGAAGGAUGUUCCACACCUCUCUCCUGCCACGGAUUUCUAUAAGAAACUGGCCUUGGACUGCUCCGGCCAGCAGGUGGCAGUGGACCUGUUCCUGCUGAGUGCCCAGUACUGUGAUCUUGCCUCCCUGGGUGGCAUAUCCAGGUACUCUGCGGGAAGCAUUUAUUACUACCCCUCCUACCAUAAUCAGCACAACCCAGCCCAGACAGAGCGCUUCCAGAAAGACCUGAAGAGAUACCUCACCCGCAAGAUUGGAUUCGAAGCAGUGAUGAGGAUACGCUGCACUAAAGGUCUAUCUAUACACACCUUCCAUGGGAAUUUCUUUGUGCGUUCCACGGACCUGCUGUCCCUGCCUAACAUAAAUCCAGAUGCAGGCUUUGCUGUCCAGAUGUGCAUUGAAGAGAAUUUGUUAGACAUGCAGGUGGUGUCUUUCCAAGCCGCUUUGCUCUACACAUCCAGCAAAGGUGAGAGAAGAAUCAGGGUCCACACAAUGUGUCUGCCUGUUGUCAACUCCGUGUCCGACAUUUUUGCUGGAGCUGAUGUUCAGGCCAUCACAGGACUGCUGGCUAGCAUGGCUGUUGACCGAUCUAUGACGGCGAGCUUGAGUGACGCGCGAGAUGCCAUGACUAACGCGGCGAUCGACUCGUUGGCGUCGUACCGCGCCCACGUGCUGACCAUUCAGCAGCCUGGGCUGCUCGCCCCCAGCUGUCUCCGCCUCUUCCCCCUAUACAUCCUGGCUCUUCUCAAACAGAAAGCGUUCCGCACGGGGACGAGCACCCGGUUGGAUGAGCGUGUUUUCGCCAUGUGUCAGCUCAAGUCUCAGCCCCUGUCGCCCCUCAUGCCCAUGCUCCACCCUGCGCUCUACCGCGUCGACAACCUGACCGAUGAGGGGGCGCUAAACAUCAAUGACCGCACCAUUCCCCAGCCCAGAGUGCUGCAGUUGUCAGUGGAGAAGCUUAGCAGAGAUGGAGCCUUUCUCAUGGACACUGGCUCAGAGAUAUAUCUGUGGGUGGGCAGAAACUGCGAACCCAACUUUUUCACACAAGUGCUAGGAGUCCCGAACUAUGCUGCUGUACCUCAGAAUAUGAAUCAGCUGCCUGAGUUGGACACACCAGAGUCUGCGAGAAUGAGAGCUUUCAUCGGCUGGCUGAGGGAACAGCGGCCGUUCUACUCCAUAUUACAUGUCAUACGAGAUGAGAGUCCACUUAAACCAAGCUUCAUGCAGAACAUGAUUGAAGACCGUACUGAGUCAGCGUUGUCUUACUACGAGUUCCUGCUCCACCUGCAGCAGCAGGUCUCUAAAUGAACAGUUCAGCCCAGUCUGAAACAGUAUGAGGGGAUAGACCCAGUCUGAAACAGUAUGAGGGGAUAGAGGGCCAGCUGUCUAGAGUCUUUAGUUAGCAGACUGUCCCCUCGCUUGGCCUCCUAGAGGAGAUGUCUCUGUGAGUCACUGUUUCUGACCCUCUGGGGAGAAAUUCCUGUCUUCUGAUCAGAUCCCACUCACAACUCAGUCGUCAGACAGAACAAGGACAGCAGGGGAAUUCUCUAUGGUUUUUCUGCUUUUAUUUUAUUUUUUUUAUUUUUUUUUUUCCGGACACAAACAUCAUGUCAGAUUCCAUCAGCCAAAGUGCAAUAAUCAGUGAAAUAUCAGUGUUCAGCUUCCUGGGAGGAAAAAGGGAGAAAGCUAGUCUGGAGCUCUUCCUUGGAUUUGCAGUUUCUGUGAAGUUGCACAGCGGACAAAACGCAGUUGUUCUCGCUAGGAUAAUAAAAUAACAUGUGUCUCACACUAAAGGCUUUGUGGAUGAGUAUUGCCUGCAUUUUUACUGAAUGUCAGCAAAAGCAGCACAGAUGAUGGGUAUGAGAAUCCUGAAGCGUAUGCAUUAUAGUAACACAGUAAUGCACAGUGCUGUGGGCUGAGAGGUGAAGACCUGCUUUUGUUUUAGAGUCAUUAUCUCUGUGAGUUGAACAAAUCACAGGUGUGUCUAGGCCAAGGCAGACAGCGCUAGCUUUCUAACUGUUUCUAAUUUAUUGCCUUGAAUGCACUGUCAAAUGGAAAGGAUAUGUGUUCAUCUCACGUAUGACCUGUCACUCAGAUCACCCUCUCUCUGUCUGUAUAUGAUAUUUUAAAGCUUUUUUCCUAGACGUUAAUUUAUGAGAAUCCCGUUCAAAUUAAAUUCUAUAUUGCCUUGUAUGGGAACUCAUUUUUAUUAUUAAGACUAUUGAAAUACAGACUCUAUAUGAAUAUUAAAUAUUUUAAUAUAAAAGGAUGGAGGAAAAAAUGUUAUACAUGAAGAUUGCAAAGCCAUUGUGAUUCCUAAUCAUUCUGUCAUGGUUAGUGUCUGUCGAGAAGUCGACAUCACAGUAACAAAGAGCUGAUCAUUCUAUGGACAAAUCAAGUUUAUGCUAUGAAAUAAAAGACUGGGAUUUUUAUGAUGUAGUGGUGGUUCUGUUUUAUGAAUAACGGAGGAAAAUUAUACCGAUAAGAAAACAAAGAAAUGUCUCGUGUGGAAAGAUGACUGCUGUUUCUCCUGAUCACCCAGACAAGUUUGAGUGGUAACUCAAUGUGCAAAUUUUUCCAAAUACAUCUGCGAAAGUUGUUCUUAUUCUGCUGAAAUGCGUUUGUUCUACCAAUAGUAUAUCUAUAUUUUUAACCACACAGCGAUUGUAAUGAAGUAGUGAACUGAUGAAUGUUGGGUGGGUGGGACUCGGCUGGACUCUUUAUGGUUUAUUCAGUAUUUUAAAAUCAGUCAGGCAUGACUCCUCUUUGUCUGCACACCUGUUCAAACAGCCCAUUUGAAUAACGUGCACUAUUUCCACAUGAGUUCUGCUUCUGCUCUAAAGCAUUGGCAACUGCAGAGGAUCACUGCGGGACAUUUGCUGUCAACUGUUUUGUAAAUGUGUAUACGUCUCUUUAAGAUUAAAACAUUUUCCAUAU